GUCGGACUCACCGAGCCCACUAAAACACAAUUCUGCAGAUACCUUUUUCAUCUCGUUCCCUUGAAUUUCAUGUCCAUAGAAAACACAGUUCCAAUUGCCAAUGAACCUCCCCAUAUUGUCACCAAUGGGGUGGAUGUUGCUACCGUCGAAAUCCUAGACCAGACGGAAGCACCUGAAUCCGACGAAGAUCACAAUGCGAGACUGGAACGAGAAAUGGUCGCACUUCCCAUUGUCAAUAAGCUCCGCGACGAUCCCAACAUCACUGAAGUUGUCGCUUAUGGUCACUUGCCACCUUCGGCGUACCAGCAUUCAUUGACAGCCAGUACCCUUCGGGGCCGUGGAAAAAUUGCUAUCCGGCCAUUGAAAUUUUUCAAUAAAGAGAAAACAGAGUGCUACAUGAUAUGCCACCUUGGAAGGUCACUAUGCGGGCAUGAUGGUAUUAUCCAUGGCGGUAUGCUUGGAACAUUGUUGGAUGAGCAUUUAGCCUACGUAACUGUUCCCAGCUUACCAAAUCACACGGGCUUCACUGCUCGUUUAGAGGUCAAUUACCGUGCCCCUGUUAAAGCAGAUCAAUGGGUCAUAGUUGGCGGCAAAUUAGAUUAUGUGGACGGCCGUAAAGCCUGGGCAGACGCCUGGGUAGAGGCCAUAGAUCAGAGCAUUAAAUAUACUGAAGCUCGUGCUCUGUAUGUUAGCCCUAGACAGCCAAUGGCUAAAGUAGAAUUCUAGAUAAGACUUAGUAUCCAAAUCUCAUUAUAAACAUCAUUCAGCACCUCAUAUUCACAAAGCUAUCAGUGAUCGAUAAAGUUACAAAUGAC